CGCGGCGGGCUGGCCCAGAGCGUAGUAGAGGAGGCGAGGCCUUGUGGCGGUUUCGCGAGUGGGGUAGUCGCAGCCUAGCGAAGCGCGGCUGCAGUGGCCGAGCUGCAGUCGGAGCUUCGAAGGGAGUGACUAGGGACCCCGGGUGGGCUGCUUUGUUUCCGGUGCGUUUGAUUUUUCUUGCCUUUUGGCCCGGGCCGAGUGUCGCCCACUGAACAGAGAUUCCCCUCGCAAAACCCAGAGCGAGUCUCCCGUCAAUUGUUGGGCGCGGGAUCGCCAGGAGCGUCGCAGUGCCCAAGCGCUGACCAAGCGCGCCGAGCGCGAAGGCCAGGGAAACAGAGCCGACAGCGGGCGGGACCCAGAGUUUGCCUUCCUCCUUCGCUCACCCCAUCGGGUCCGCUCGCACAGGGAACAGGGCGCGCGCACGAUGAAGGCGGUGAGCCCCGUGCGCCCCUCGGGCCGCAAGGCGCCGUCGGGCUGCGGCGGCGGGGAGUUGGCGCUGCGCUGCCUGGCCGAGCACGGCCACAGCCUCGGCGGCUCGGCGGCCGCGGCGGCUGCAGCCGCGGCUGCGCGCUGCAAAGCCGCGGAGGCGGCGGCCGACGAGCCGGCACUGUGCCUGCAGUGCGAUAUGAACGACUGCUACACCCGCCUGCGGAGGCUGGUGCCCACCAUCCCGCCCAACAAGAAAGUCAGCAAAGUGGAGAUCCUGCAGCACGUUAUCGACUACAUCCUGGACCUGCAGCUGGCGCUGGAGACGCAUCCGGCUCUCCUGAGGCAGCCGCCCCCGCCGGCCCCACCGCACCACCCUCCCGGGACCUGUCCGGCCGUGCCGCCGCGGACCCCGCUCACAGCGCUCAACACGGACCCGGUGAGAGGCCGGCGCGGUGAACAAGCAGGGCGACAGCAUUCUCUGCCGCUGAGCCGCGCUGUCCAGGUGUGCGGCCGUCUGAGCCCGAGCCAGGAGCACUAGAGAGGGAGGGGGAAGAGCAGAAGUUAGAGAAAAAGCCACCGGAGGAAAGGAAAAACUUCAGCAAAUUCUAGAAACGUUUUCAUUCAUCAUUCCAAGAGGGAGAGGAAAGGAAAAAAAAAAAAUAAAACUUUCACCCUUUUUUUUUUUUGCACGUUCAUAAACAUUCUACAUACAUAUUCUGUUUUUGUUUCUAAAUUUAUAGCCGCUGUGAAUUGUACAUUUCUGCGUGUUUUGGAGGUGCAGUUAAACUUUUAAACUUAAGUGUGACAGAACUGAUAAACAGAUCAAAAGAGUAAAUCCAACUUUAGAAGCCUACUCUGUGACCAAGGAGCUCAAUUUUUGUUUUGAAGCUUUACUAAUAUACCAGAGCAUUGUAGAUAUUUUUUUUUUUACAUCUAUUGUUUAAAAUAGAUGAUUAUAAUGGGGCAGGGAACUUUCUUUUCCCUGCAAGAAUGUUACAUAGUGUAUAGAUAAUUGAGUGACAUUUCAUACCAUGUAUAUAUAGAGAUGUUCUAUAAGUGUGAGAAAAGUAUAUGCUUUAAUAGACUACUGUAAUUAUAAGAUAUUUUUAAUUAAAUAUUUUUUUGUAAAUAUUAUGUGUGUGUUUUUUUAAUCUAUGGGAAUAUUUCUUUUGGAAAAUUAUUUUUCAGCUCAGUUGCAGAGCUCUUGAUAUCUUGAAUGUCUUUUCAGUUUGGCCUGGUUUUUAAAUAGUUUUUCUUUUGCCCAAUGUUGUAGGCUCAGAAUUAACAGUUACAGUUAGUCCUGCAUGACUGCAUGAGAUGUUUAAUCACAAAAUAAACUUGUCUCAGUCCAUUCAAAUGUGUUUUCUUUAACCUAGAUUGAAAUCUUUGUAUUUGAAGCAUAUGUGUUGAAAAUAUACUUUAUCAGUUUUAAGUACAGGGUUUAUAGUGUAAUAUAUAAAGUGUAAUUUUUUGUUUUUUAACUGAGGUCAAAAUGGAUUCUGAAUGAUUUUGCAUAUGGAAUGGGGAAAUGCUUGGAUUCUUAAGAAGUUUAUGAAAUCUGUUUUAUCAAAAGAUUUUACUUAUCACUCUUCAUUUUACACUAAAGCUUAAUGUCACUAAGUUUCAUGUCUGUACAGAUCACUUAAAUCAUAGAAAUGAAAAAUGUUCUCUGCUUGCUACCAAAGGACAAACUCUUGGAAAUGAACACUUACUGCUUUCCUUCCUCCAAAGAAUAUUAAUAGGCAACAGUGGGAGAAAAAAUAAAAAGGCAUAAUGGCAUUUCCUUCAAGCAGGGAUAAAAGUUGAUCUUCAAACAUUAACUUAAGUAGACCAAAAAUUCUGAUGACUGCAUCUAGAUUAUUUUUUUAUAAAAUGAUUUUCGCUAUAGCUAUGUUAGUUAGCCCUAAGCUACUGUUCAAUCUCUUGUGAUGUGUAACUUUUUACAUGUGAAUAUUAAAGUAGAUUUAUCUGUCUUGUACUGUGA